AUGGAAGCGCUCUUCAAGCCCGCUCCCGAGCCCGCUACCCCUCUGGGUCGGUAUCGCAUUCUUUCCUCCACCGCUGGGGUGCGCGUGUCUCCUCUACAGCUGGGUGGCAUGUCAAUCGGAGACAACUGGAACCAAUUCAUGGGGAGCAUGAACAAAGAGCAAUCCUUCAAACUCCUCGACGCCUUCGUCGAAGCCGGCGGCAACUUCCUCGACACCGCCAACAACUACCAAAACGAGCAAUCCGAAGCCUGGAUCGGCGAAUGGAUGGCCGCACGCAAGAAUCGCGAUCAGAUGAUCAUAGCCACCAAGUUCACCACCGACUACCGCACCCAUGAGCUGGGCAAGGGUAAGGCGCCCAACGCCUGCGGGAACCACAAGCGAAGCAUGUUCCUGAGUGUGCGCGACUCGCUGCGCAAGCUGCAAACCGACUUCAUCGACGUGCUGUACUUGCAUUGGUGGGAUCAUACCACCUCGAUCGAGGAGAUCAUGGACUCCCUGCACAUCCUGGUGGAACAGGGUAAAGUCAUGUACCUCGGAAUCUCAGACACGCCUGCAUGGAUUGUGGCGGCUGCCAACACCUAUGCUCGUGCGCACGGCAAGACUCCCUUCUCCAUCUACCAGGGCCGGUGGAACGUGAUGCGUCGGGACUUUGAGCGAGACAUCUUGCCUAUGGCACGUCACUUCGGCAUGGCGCUUGCACCUUGGGAUGUGCUCGGCAGUGGCCACUUCCAAACGGCGAAGCAGCUGGAAGAGCGCAAGAAGGCAGGCGAGGGACUGCGCAGCAUGUUCCAAAGUGAACAGUCGGAGGAGGAACGCAAGAUCUCUGAGGCUUUGGCAACGGUGGCAGCAGAGCACGGCAUUGAGUCCGUGACGGCGAUUGCAUUGGCAUAUGUGCUCUGCAAGGCGCCCAACGUGUUCCCGAUCGUGGGCGGCCGCAAGGUCGAGCAUCUGAAGGAUAAUAUCAAGGCAUUGUCGAUCCGUCUGACCGAGCAGCAAAUUGAGUUCCUCGAGUCUGCGGCUCCAUUUGAUAUUGGUUUCCCUGGGAAUUUCAUCGGACCGGACCCGGCGAUCAGUGGUGGCAAAAUGCCGUUGUUGAUGCAGACUGCUGGCGCCCUUGACUUUGUCCAGGGCGAGCAGGCGAUUGGGUACGAGAAGAAUUAG